AGCAGCCCUGCUGAUAAGGUUUCACUCUCUCCAGGGCGAAGAGGAGGGCAGGCGGUACAAUACAAGCCGUGGGACACAAAUCUACCUGGGAAUUUAUAUUCCUCUUCCUUUGACCCACUCCUAUUCUGGGACCUUCUGGGACCUGUGUCUUCCUGUGGAUACCUGGGUCUUAGCCAUGCCUCUCACAACUCCUGCCCCUUCUAACAAGAGGAAGUCCAACAAGAUCAUCACUGACCUCUCCAACGUCUCCCAGAAUGAUGAUGAGUCAGACUCCGAGGCCACUGAGUUCGACCUGGGCACCAAGAUCAAGACGCCCAAGGACGUGAUGCUGGAGGAGCUCUCCUUGCUCAACAACAAGGGCUCCAAGAUGUUCAAGAAGAGGCAGCAGAGAGUUGAGAAGUUCAUCGUGACCAACGAGAACCAGGAGAACCUUCAGAACCUGUUGAUGUCCCCUCCCCCCAUUCCACCAAAACCUGAGAUACCAAAGGUCGAAGUGGUGGUGGAGACAGUGGAUAAGGCGGCGGAGAAGCGCAAGAGGCAUGAGCAGUAUGUACGCACUUACAUAUCGCCAUGGGAACGGGCCAUGAAGGGCAAUGAAGAGCUGACAGCCACCAUGAAGGGCCGCAUGCCAGGGCCCAUCCAGAUGCACCCAGAAAUGCCUUUGUACAAGAGCUUCAACAGGACGGCACUGCCAUUUGGUGGCUUCGAAAAGGGGUGCAAGGCCCUGACCUUCGAACUCCCAGAGAUCAACGUCGCUACCGAGGAGCCGGAGCCUCUGCCCAGCCUGCAGGCCGACAUCCGCUCACGCCCUUCGUUCAACCGCACGCCCAUCGGCUGGGUCUGCAGUGAAGACAACUCAAACAUCCACAUGGACCUGGAUAACAUCCCCUUCGACGGAGAGACAGAUGACCUGUGAACACGCAUGCACACACAAGCUUAUUUACAGUACAUGUUGCCUGAAACACACACAGACAUCUGAGUACAUGCACUGGAACUCAAACAUACACUCAUGAGUGUUUACAAGAGAGCAUUAGGCACAGUUCAUAAUUUACACUGACAACAUAAACACUGUUAGAACUGCUGAGGCUCCCGUGAACACAUGCUGAAAUGUACUUAAAUAUGUGGAAAUGAAAUGAACAAAAAUGAUUUUAAAAAUUACUUGAAAUUAUUUGAAAAGUACAAAGUGUCUCCCCUGGUCUCCUGUGUGCUUUCUUAUCUUUUCCUCCCCAACUAUGAUUGAGUCUUACUAUGAUUUUGCAUACUGUGAGCUAAUGCGAGACCUGUGUGAAUAGACAUAGAUGAGCACUCUGCACUCUUGAAACAAUGUAUUUAUGCAAUAAAGUUCCCCUUUACACAAUGUCCGACUGCUUUUCAUGUUAACA